AUAUAAUAAUAUAUAAUAUAUAAUAUAUAUAAUAUUAUAUACGGGAGGAAUGGAGGAAGCCAUUGUUUCACACCGGACGUUUUUCAAACGCCACCACCGCCUAAACACUUCCGGUGUGCCAUAAAAGCGCUGCGCAUAUUUCAGGCGGUGCAGAGUGGAUGCUGAUGGGGGACGAAAAGGAGACCUGGAAAGUAAAAACUCUUGACGAAAUUCUACUUGAGAAAAAACGCAGGAGAGAAUUAGAAGAGAGAGCCGAUCCCAAGAGCCAGAAAAAUUUCUCACCGGGCCUUGUUCCACAGGCGGAUGAUCGGGAAUCCAAACGAGACACUCCGGAGGAAGGAGAACUACGGGAUCAAAGAAUGGAAAUAACAAUUCGUAAUUCCCCGUACACACAGGAAGACUCAACAGAGGACAGAGGAGAAGAAGAUGAUUCACUAGCAAUCAAGCCUCCACAGCAGAUGGCGAGGAAAGACAAAUCUCACCACAGAAAGGAGGAGAAGAGAAAAGAUAAAAGACGUCAUCGCAGUCACUCUGAUGAAGGAGCAGGGAAACACGCACGCCCCAAAGACAAAGAAAAAGAGCGGGAGAGUGAACGCAGGAAGCGUCAGUGGGACGAGGUCAGAGCCCAGCGAGACUGGGAGAGGCAGAAACGAAUGGACCAGGCCAGAGCUCAUUCACGAAGAGAGAGACCUCGGGUGGAUUCUCCUGGGUUUUUUUUGGACCACAGGGACCGCCUGGAGCAGCUGGAGCGCCAGCGCGAACGGGACCGAAAGCUGCGCGAACAGCAAAAAGAGCAACGGGAGCUCAAGGAUCGAGAGAGGCGGGUCGAUGAUCGCCGCAAAGACAGGGGGACUCGACGAGACGUGCCGUCUCACCACCGAAUGCUACCUGAAGAAUACGAUGAGAAGACAAAACAAAGUCACCACAGCCGCAGUCCCAACCGCCUUGCCCGAGACAGAUCUGAACACAGCGAGCAACGGAAAAGUGCCACAUCAAAGGAGGAGAAGCCGGAGGGGAAAAACCUUUUCGCGGACCUCCAGGACAUCAGUGACAGCGAAAGGAAGACCAGCACUGCAGAAUCCUCCAUAGCAUCAGGGUCAGGCUCUGACGACGAAGAGGAGGAGGAUGACGAUGAAGAGUCCAGCAGCCAGAGUGAGGAGGGGGAGGAAGAAGAGGAGGAGGAGGGGGAGGAGGAGUCUGUCUCAGGCUCAGGAAGGUCGGAGCAGAGUGCAGAAGAUGUGAGUGAGGAUGAGCAGUCGGAAGAAGACUUUGAGGAGGAGAGGGAAAAUGGAAAUCACAUCCCUGCAGUGCCAGAGUCCCGUUUUGACCAUGACUCUGAGCUGAGCGGAGAGGACAUGGAGGACGAGGAGGACGAGGAGGAGGAGGAGGAGGAUGAAGAAGCAGGAGAGGGCGACCCCACCCCCCAAUCUCAGACUCACUCACGCUCCCCCACUCCCGAGGAGAACUACAUCCCUGACUCCCCCCCGAUUUCCCCUGCGGAGCAGAAGAAGGAGCUCCCCAAAUAUCUGCCUGCUCUACAGGGUUGUCGCAGUGUUGAGGAAUUCCAGUGUCUGAAUCGAAUAGAGGAGGGAACCUAUGGUGUGGUGUACAGAGCCAAGGACAAAAAGACUGAUGAGAUUGUGGCAUUGAAAAGGCUGAAGAUGGAGAAAGAGAAGGAGGGCUUUCCCAUCACCUCUUUAAGAGAAAUCAAUACAAUUCUGAAGGCUCAGCACCCGAACAUCGUCACAGUGAGGGAAAUAGUUGUUGGAAGCAACAUGGACAAGAUCUACAUCGUGAUGAACUAUGUAGAACAUGACCUGAAGAGUCUGAUGGAAACCAUGAAGCAGCCUUUCCUGCCAGGCGAAGUAAAGACUCUGAUGAUUCAGCUGCUUCGAGGAGUCCGACAUCUCCACGACAACUGGAUUCUGCACCGCGAUCUGAAGACGUCCAACCUGCUGCUGAGCCACAAGGGAAUCCUCAAGAUUGGCGAUUUUGGUUUGGCGCGGGAGUACGGUUCCCCCCUGAAGCCGUACACUCCUAUAGUGGUGACCCUGUGGUACCGGUCACCGGAGCUGCUUCUCGGAGCCAAGGAGUACUCCACAGCCGUUGACAUGUGGUCAGUGGGCUGCAUAUUUGGCGAGCUCCUGACCCAGAAACCUCUGUUCCCUGGAAAAUCUGAAAUCGACCAAAUUAACAAGGUUUUCAAGGAUCUGGGGUCACCCAGUGAGAAGAUCUGGCCCGGCUAUAACGAGCUGCCCGCUGUGAAGAAGAUGACUUUCACAGAGUAUCCCUACAACAACCUGCGCAAACGCUUUGGAGCGCUGCUCUCGGACCAGGGCUUCGACCUCAUGAACAAAUUCCUCACGUACUGCCCCAGUAAGAGGAUCCUGUCAGAUGAGGGACUCAAGCACGAGUACUUCCGGGAGACGCCGCUGCCCAUUGACCCGUCCAUGUUCCCCACCUGGCCGGCCAAGAGCGAGCAGCAGAGGGUGAAGAGAGGCACCAGUCCCCGUCCGCCCGAGGGAGGCCUGGGCUACAGUCACCUGGGUGACGAUGACCUGAGGGACACGGGCUUUCACCUGACGACCAGCAACCAGGGAGCGUCGGCAGUCGGUCCAGGAUUCAGCCUCAAAUUCUGAGGCUGGAACUGCAGGACACCUGGCUGCCUGACCGAGGAAGGGGGUGGGGGGGGACACAGAGUUCUGGGACUUCUGUUAACCGGACGGUGUCGCUGGCUUACAUCUGUAAACCAGUUAAUUGUUCUGAUCCACCACAACUGUUACCGAAUAGUCAGGACUGUCUCACAGCAAGACUGGUGGAUCAUACACAAUGGAUCUUCAGAAUUUGUCCCUCGACUUUGCGACCACUGCAAGACAUUUCACCAUUUUAAAAGAGAAGACGGAAUGAUAAAUCUGUUUGGAGUUUAGCUCAGUCACGUUUGACUUUUGUUUUAUUUUUCCCUUUUAUACAUCAUGAGGGAGGACCGGGUUUUUAUAAAUGGUUGGUAUUUCCUGGCUGCCGGAGCUACUGUAUAAUGAUGCUGCAUUUCCUGCGUUUUCCAUCCAGCAUAAUGUUAGAAAAUUUACUUGGGACCGUCAGCUGACUUGAUGACAGGGGGAUGAUGUUUUUGUUAGAAAAUAAAGCUUAAAACUUUG